AUGGUGGAGGUGGAUGAGGGGGUGGGAGAGGGUGGAGGGGUAGAGAUAGAGGCGGCCUCACAGCACGUGGCGGAAGGAGGUGGGAGUGUGGGGGUUAAGGUGGGGAGGAAGCGAGCGUCUAUUGGGAUGUCGAAGCGGAGGAAGAAAGCUCCCAAGUUAAGACCGCGAGCGUAUCCAUGCACAUUCACUAGGGAGCCCUUGGGAGAGGGUGUCAUCGCGCCUAAGUUUCUUGACAAGGAGGGGGGGUCCGAGAGUAGUAAGGGGACUGGCAAGGGGAAGAAGAAGCUGGGGUGGCAAGUCCAGAUGUUCGGGCCCCAAGGGACUGACUACAAGCGUCAGUGCAAGAUUUGUACCGAUAGGAUUUCGUGGAAGGGUUCCACUACCACACCAGACGAGCGUCAUUUCGAUAGCUACCACACAGCGCACAUGCACGUGUGGUAUCACCGGUACCACACUCCACACGUUCAGUUACCUGGUGAGACGUUUCCUAGAGGGGGGUACGUGGGUGUGCCAGAUGGAUAUGUCGAGGAUUGGUCGCACGCCAAGAGCUGGUCGAAUGUCCCACAGAACAAAGGGAAGGCAGGGCGAGGGGAGCAGAGGUCGGGAGGGAUCGAGCGUUUCAUGACGACCAAGCUGUCCCAGGCGCAGCUUCGGCAGGCGAUCGCCAAGCUGGUGGUCACCUGCGACCUUCCCUUCCGCGUUGUCGAGUCCGAGGCGGAGCUAGAGGCGUCCGUUCGUGAGCACCGCCCUAACUUGCGUGAUGAGGAGAUCGACCUCAUUGUGGAUGGUCGACUACUACGCAUGGUUCGGGAGCGCGCUGCAGAGCAAGCACCUGCGAGCGGCCAGCAAGGAGGAACCGGUGAAGGAGGAGCUUGGCACGAGGCUCCUACUGCCAUGGGCGUUGGUGGAGGAGCUGUUGCACCGAACAUUGACGCGGGAAUGAUUGGGGCGAGCUACGGCCAACUCAAGUUUGGAGUAGAGCACAUCUCCGUGAUGCCGCUGCUGGAGGGAAGGCACGACCUCACCGCGUGGGUCAGCGCCAUCCGACCUCAACUCCAGGCCCGCACCAUCCAAGCGGAGCUGCUGACCAUUGGACAGGAGGUCCACAUGGCCACGUUUGCUGCUCACGUGCUGAAGGGCCUGCCAUCGGAGUACGGGUUUCUUCGCCGCAAGCUUGACAUUUCCAGCCCUGACAUGACGGUGGAACGUGUGUGCAGCGAGGUGUUGAUGGAGGAGCAGACUCUCUCCAUUGAACAGAGCUACAAGCAGAUCACCACUGAUGCAUCUGCUUUCUCGGGCGCUGUCAACACAAUCGUGGCUUUAACGGGGGUCAACGGGAAGGAAGGAAAAGGGGGAAAGGAGCAGACGGACAAGAAGAAGGAUGGCAAGCGGGAGAAGAAGCGAGCCCCCUUCAAAGGGCGCCGAUACAACUGCAAUGAGGAGGGGCACAUGGCUGCCAAGUGUCACAACAAGAAGAAGGAUGCAACGCCUACAGCAGCCGCGAACAUAGCUGAAGGAGACGGGAAGGGCGUGGCGCUCACCGUCGCGUGUUCGGCUGCAAAGUUGCUGGCCUAUGACAAGGACUUGUGGUUCCUCGACUCGGGGUGCUCCCAACACAUGACCGGCCGAAAGGAGUGGUUCACGGUGAUUCGUGACCCAUCUGCAACAAAAUCCGUCAAAGGGUUUGAUGGUUCUAUGCAGGAAGUCGCCGGUGUUGACAAGGGAGCAAACCUGCAAACCGAAGAAGGUGUGACUCGCAUCAUCGCAUCGGGAGGACAAGUAGCUGCAACGGCACGCUACUGCCAUCAUCUUCUCUGCCUUGACCUGAAACCAUGGCCAGCAAGCAACGGUACGAUGGCUGCAACGGCAUGCAACGGCACGGUGGCUGCAGCGGCAUGCAACGGCUCGACGGCUGCAGUGAAAUGCAACGGCAUGGCUAAAGCUAUUGCUGAAGUGGCGUCAAGCAACCCGAGAAUGAAGGCAGGAGCGGCCAGCCUCAAGGUGUACGCGGUGGGCACGAAGGCAACGCCCGACCUGUGGCACGCUCGCCUUGGGCACAUCCACUUCGAUGCAGUGAAGCGGACAGCCACGAGCAGCGGCAUGUUCGGCAUGGACCUGGAGAAAGGAGUGCCGUCCGUGCAAGGGGGCGAGCAACCCCUUGAUCGUUCGGUGGGCCCCAUGGGCAGCAAGGCACCCUCUGCACCUCCCCCUCUCGAUCCACUCUCCGUUGCUGAUUCGGCGCCCAUGGGACCAGAGGACGGUCACCUUGAGGACGGAGGUGCCCACUCCUCCACCCCACGUCCCUCCAGCAGGCCCAACAAGGGGGUGCCACCCGUACGGUUUCAGCCAUCAGCCAUGUCGGCCCAGGAUGCGGACUAUGAGGAGAACCCGUAUGACAUGGCGUACCUUGCUGAGGACGACUGCGACACGGACAGCGAUGACGAAGUGGAGUACCUGGACAAGAAUGAGGAGGAGGAAGGCGCUUGGGGAGGUGUCAUCCUCGACCUGGCAGCUGCGUUGACCGGACCUGAAGGCAAGGAAUGUGGAAUUCUACAUUUGGUCCUCCUCAACACCAAUUGCGCAAAUAAGAAAUUCAUCCCAUCGCGCUGGACGGUAUCACGCGACACAGUGGUGUUUGCUGAGGCUGCCCUCCAGUCCGCCGUUGCUGAGUUGAUGGCGAAGGAGGGGGGGCUGGGAUGCAAGGUGUCGUUCACCAUCGACAUGUGGACGGCACCCAACGGCAAGGCAUGGCUUGUGUUCCGCGAGAUGCUUGGGCGUCAUACCGGCGACGAUAUGGCGCAUGUGGUGGAGGAGACGGUGGUGCAGUGGGGGUUGCAGAGGCGUUGUCUUGGUCUCACGACCGACAACGCCUCUAGCAACAUUGCCGCCUUCAGGCGGUUGUCAGAGGAGCGGGGUGGUUUAGGCUUCUUCAACUCUCGCAUGCACUUCCGGUGUUUGGCACACGUGAUCAACCUUGCAGUGCAGGCAGCGCUGGCUGUGGCGACCAUCCGCAGGCUGUUGAAGAUCCUGAGAGCCAUGGCGACGUGGAUAGGAUUGACACCGCAGUGCUCGGCGGCUUUCUUGGGCUUUCAGCGGACCUUCAACAUGCAAGCCAACAGCAACAAGAAGGCGCUGAAGCUGGUGCAGGACAACCCCACUAGGUGGGGGUCCACCUACGACAUGGUCGACCGCACCUGUGCUCUGCAGAACCCCAUCAUGAUGUACUUUGCCUCUACCCAGGGUCUAUCGAAGGACGACAAGAAGAAGGUAGCGAAGAUGCGCCGGACAGACGCGGAUUGGGAGAGGUUGCAGGCGGUGAAGACCUUCGUAAGCCCCUUCGCCAAGGUUUCAAAGGCCGCUGAGGGGGCGGCGUACCCGACGGUGUCGAUGGUGGUGCCGUACUACAACGGCUUGAUCGACGCCAUAGAGGCGCGGCUGGCCAAGGGGCCAUCAGCGAUGCUAGAGCCGAUGGUAGUGGCGGCGCUGCGCCAUCUCAAGAAGUACGCCUACAUCACCAGCAAUGAGUACUGGAUCUGCACCUUCUUGAACCCCUCCAUGAAAGCGGCGUGGUUUGACGAUGCGCACUGGGAGAAGAUGCAUCCUGACACGCCGAGGAGGGAGAGGCCGCGUCCCUCGUCCAGGGAGGUGAUCACGCUGGUACGAGAGCGCGUGGUCGAGUACCAGGCCCGGGCUACAGAGCUUGCUCCCCGGCCGACUACGCUUGCCAUCGUCAGGGAGGAGGAUGAGGGGGAGGAGGGGGAUGACGAGGACGCCCAGUAA